UGGAGUGCUGACUAUCGAAGCGCCCAAAAGACGUGUCGAACCAAUGAUUGACAACCAGAGAGUGGUUCCCAUUCAAGUCAUUCAUCAGACAUCCGCUGUUGAAGACAACAAAGACACUCAAAACUAAUGUUUCGAUUUUAUUUCUUUUGUUUACGUAAACUGUAUUUUAAUCAUUACUUUUAAUUUCAAACAAACAUUUAUUUAAAUUGUAAUUAAAUUAAAUUUAACCUAAAAUUAAAAUCAUUUCAUUUAUUGUAAACUUUUUAACUAAAAAACGUUUUUAAUGAACGAAACAUAAAGUGUUGUACUUUUUGAGCACUCAUUCAAUUGUAAACAACAAUCGUUUCAAUGAUUUUGUUAUGAAAUAAAACAUUCAUUUUAUUAACUAAUUGUCAAUUGAUUUAUGCAUUGAUUUUGAAUACAAAACAUAUAAUAAACACGACUUUUGCCACAAUUUAAUCAUUUGAUUGAAGACUCAAUUUCUAUGCUAUUAAUUGAUUGUCAAAAUCAUUGACACAAAUGUCUCAAAACGAAACAAAUUGGUUUGACUCGGAUUUGGUGAACAAAGUGGCCAAAGAGGUGGUCGAGACUGUGAUCGGUUCCAACACUUACCAGCACUCGAAGGUCAACAACUGGUCCAACGCUAUCGUCGAGCAAGUGUUGCAGCAAUUGAUUAAAUCUAACAAAUCAUUCAAAUAUAUCGUGACGUGCGCUAUCAUACAGAAGAAUGGUGCGGGUCUUCAGACGGCCACCAGUUGUUAUUGGGAUAACACAAGUGAUGGCCACUCGACCAUCCGUUGGGAGAAUAAGAGCCUCCACUCUAUUAUACAGAUCUUUGCGAUCGCCGUCUGAUCACUGAUUGAGUCCACUCUUAACC